ACAGGAUCGUCCUCGUCUCUCUCUCCUCUGUGUGAGCUCCAGCUGCUGCAGUCCAGGCUCACAGUCGUGUAGCACAAGUGUUGUCCUCUAACAGGCGAGCAUACCCGCUGCUCAGUGAUUGAAUUAUAGUUUCAUUAUUUCGGUUCUGGGAGAGUUCCUCUGGGAAACAAAGCGACAAACAUGAGUUCCGCAUGCUUGCUUCUUCAGCGACCAUCCCACGGAGCUGCCCGGUGGUCACAGCCGCAGACAUCGAGCAGCAGCUCGGACUUAAACGUCAGACAGAACACACUGUGGAGGCCGUGGUUAUCCAGCAGGGACCGACCGGAGCAGAACCCCCAGAGCAGACUGUCCUGUCCAUACUCCAGAGCCUCGGUGUCUGGCUGCUCAUCAGAUGGGAAACCUCAAGCCUUCCAGCACCCUGUCAGGUUGUUCUGGCCUAAAUCCAAGUCCUUCGAUUAUCUAUACAGCGAUGGGGAGGCCCUGCUGAGGAACUUCCCUGUUCAGGCAACAAUCAGCUUCUAUGAGGAGACUGACAGUGAGGAUGAAGAUGACGAAGAAGAGAAGGACUGGGAUGAGGAGGACAGUGACACUGAGGAGUGCCUCAAACAGCAGUCUCAUUUCACAUCAAUGAGCUGAGUGGCUGGAGCCCAUGCUGUGAAUGAGGCUGGUGUCACUAGGUCCUCAGAUUGGGGAUGUGAACAGACUACUAAUGUUUUUGUCUUUAAAAAAUAACUUUUGCUGUGGUUAUGCCAAGCUUCUGCACUGAUCCUGUGUUUUAGAGCCUCUUAAACAGACACUGGGAAAUACUGCCGAGCCAGUUUGUGUUUGACUUCUCCAGGCUGAUACAAUGAGCAAUGAGGCAAUGAAGUGAAAACAAGCCCUCUUGAUUGAGUCCUAUCAAUUAUGAUAUUAUUGGCUCGUGUCAAUUAUCACGUCCUUCCCUUGUCAUAUGGGGAUCCCUUCCCCAGAGAGAGCUUAGACCGGCAGCAUUUAAGUCAGAAAAAAACAACUAGCUGUUGUUGAAGGCUCUAAAUUCUGCUUUUAAAAUGCUGCUGCUGCCUUCAAGUCUUCCUUCCUGAUCAGCCUGACAUGAGUCAGAAAACUGCUCCCUGUUUGGUGUGUGCCUGUUCACACCAGAUCGUGAGUAGAGUAGAACAGGAAACUGGGAGAAGAAGGGGGUGAUGUGCGAUAAAGGGCCACAGCGAACCCAAGCUGCCCAAGGGACCAUACCUUCUGUUCAUGGGGCGCUGUUUAACCAUUCGGCCAAAUCAGUGCCCGAACAGACAUAGUUUAAAUACAUAGCAGUGUAGAUGUGGCCACAGAAUUAAUUUUGAGUUAUUUAUGAUAGUACUCAGGCUUCUGUGGUUGUCUAUGACAGCCUCGCUCUGUUCUUAAUUUCUUUGUGUUGCACACACCCGCUGUGUGCUUGUAUGGAGUACCUGCUCUGCAGUGUUGUUCUGUCAGUGUCCGUUGACUCCAUGUUCUCCCAUAUUGGGACAUGUUAAUGUUUACAGUCGGUCUCAGGAUCUGAUUCUUCUCACUGUACAUAGAAUGUAACUGCACACCUUUAACUUAUGACGUUCAUAACUUGUACAUAAACACAAUGUCACGUUGACUUAUUUUUUUAUACAUUUGUGCAUCAGUCUCCUUUUGUCCAAACUGAGCUGUCAGAAAUAAAAGAAGCUAUUUUGAGAACAUUU